AAUAAUUUAUAAUUUGUAUUUAGUUAAUUUAAAGAGAGCGUUGACAUUCGGCCCUAGUUUCGGUUGUUAAGAAAAACAAAAUGUUUUAUGUUAAAAAACAAGGUUUCGGUUUAUGUUUGGUUUUUUCGUGUGAAUUAUUUGUAUUUGUUGGAAUCACUCGUCUUGAAACUAGAAAGUGAUAAUAUUGGAAAUUGCUCAGCAGAACCGCAGAUUUUAAAGAAUUAGUGAAGAUUCCUAUCAUCCCAACCUCUUUCCCUUCCUUUCCUAUUUUCCUACCUCAUCCUUUUGGUUGGGAGCACUCAAAGGUAGGAAUUUUCAUUUACCUCUUCCCUAUCGUUGUCUCCGCCGCGAAACAUUGGUCCUUCGAGCCGGAUUGUCUCGUUUCAAAAUAUCACUCUGCGUUGUAAACAUAACCUCUCUAUAAACAUAAACAUAACCUCGCUUUUAUCAAGUGGUGGCAUUGGUAAAGUUGCUCAAUAUCCCAUUUAUUCGACUGCAAUAUUUUUAAAUUUGCCAAUAAGUAUUUAUCGCAUUCUCGACGAUGUCUCAGGCAAAAUUUAAAAAAGCUGUUGUGUUACGCAAGGUCGCUGUAGAUCAGUUGUCCGAUUUAAAAGACAUUGCGGAUCGGGUUUCAAGAAAAGAAGAAUUGUACGAGAGUUUGUACCCGGAACUCAAAGCCCGAUAUAAUUUCAUAGAACGCAUGUAUUCAGAUUUUUAUCUAUAUCAUAAUGAAGUUUUAAAAGAAUUAGCUGGUCUCGACGAAGAAACUGAAGAGCAUGACACCAUUCGUAAAUCUUUUGAUCGCGAUUAUUUUAGCAUUCAAAUUAUUUAUAAUGAAAUAUUUCAAAAUUCUGUUCAUACUCAAAAUUUAAAUUCGGAUACGCCAUCACAAUCAGAUAUCACAAUUAAAAACCACGUUAAAUUGCCUCCGAUGGAAUUGUAUAAGUUUGACGGGGAUAUUAAAUCAUGGAGAACAUUUAUUGAUAUGUUUAAUUCCACCGUACAUAAUCAAAAUGCGCUUACAAACGUUGAGAAAUUUAGUUAUCUCAUCUCGACUCUCAGUAAAGAACCGCUCUCGAUCGUCAGUAGAAUCCCAAUGACUGACCAAAAUUAUAGAACCGCAUAUGACGCCCUAAUUAAGAGAUACGAAAAUAAACGUUUGUUAGCUACAUCUCAUUGGCAACAACUCGAAAAUUCGCCCCGCUUACCCGACGACUACACUCCAUCGCAGUUAAGGUCUUUGAUUAACACAUUCGAYGAAAAUCUGGCAGCUCUCAAAACUCUCAAUUUUCCCGUUGACAACUGGGACUUCAUUCUAUUUAACAUGAUGUUAAAACGCAUCCCCCCAUCGCUAGUAACUCGGUUUGAAUUGUCGCAAACAUACCCCGCUGAUAUUCCCUCAUAUCAAUCGCUGAAUGAAUUUGUCAUUACAACUUGCCAGGCGAAGGAAAAUGUAUCGCACGCCAUAAUAAAAUCUCCUUACUCGAAACCGAAUAUAGUUUCAUCCCCUAAACCAAAGUUUAAGUCUAAUUUUUUGGUUAAAUCAGAUUUUUUGGCAUGUCCACUCUGUCCCGAUUUGCAACACGGAAUUUAUAAAUGUCCGAUUUUCUUACAGAAGUCUCCUCAAUCGCGCUUUGAUCUCAUUAAACAGUAUAAAUGGUGUAUUAAUUGCCUAGGCUCAAAACACAAUUUGCGUAACUGUAACUCUACGUCGCUUUGUCGUGAAUGUGGAAAAAAGCAUCACUCAUUACUGCAUUUCCCGGGUGAUGCAAAAGCUCAAACCUCGACUUUCAUGGAAAUUAAUAAACCUUCAUCGCCUUCAACUUCUACCUCUACGCAGCAAACAGUUAGUUCAUUUACGAAUUUGCUACCUGUUAAUACUCGUACGACAAUUCUAUUGUCAACCGCAGUCGUUGAGAUCCUGGAUAAAGUGGGCGCAGCACAUAAAAUUCGCGUUUUAUUAGACAGUGCUAGCCAGUCCAGUUUUAUUACUGAAAAAUGUGUCAAUCGUCUUCGACUUCUAAAACAAAGAUUGUCAUUUACGAUCAAUGGUUUAGGAGAUAUGAGAACUCGCGCUAAUAAAAUGGUUACUUGUGCUCUACGCCCGGUACAACAAAACUCCCCACAGUUUCUGGUUGAUGCUAUAAUAGUUCCAAAAAUUUGCAGUAACGUUCCUAAUGUUGCUCUACACACUUCGUCGUGGUCUCAUAUUGUCAAUUUGAAACUGGCUGAUGAACAAUUUCACACUCCUGGAGAAAUUGAUAUGUUAUUGGGUGCCGACCUCUUUCCGCUUAUUUUUGACUCUGAGUGUAUACAGGGUGGCGCAAAUGAACCAACCGCAAUAAAAACAAAAUUUGGAUGGAUUCUAAUGGGGAAGGUAGCAAUCAAAUCACAUCAAAUCGACCAAAACAUAAACUCGUUUCACUUGACAAUGGAGCAAGCCGAAUUAAAUGAAUCGGUUAAAAGAUUUUGGGAAAUAGAGGAACCUCCUAAUAGUCAUAAUUCUUCUCAAUCGUCAGAGGACAGAUUGGUGGAAGAAACGUUUGAAUCAAAACAUUAUCGCGAUAAUUCUGGCCGCUUUGCAGUUCCUUUAUUCUUCAAAUCUAAUGAAAAUUCAUUGACUUUUCCGGGUUCAUUCUCCAUCGCAUUACGUCGUUUUUUGUCAUUGGAACGCCGACUUAUUCAAAAUCCAUCACUAUACACUGAAUACGUGACAUUUAUGCAAGACUAUCUUUCUUCUGGUCACAUGCAAGCAUCUACAUCGUCCUCAUCUAUCGGCUAUUACAUCCCACAUCAUUCUGUAAUCCGGAUGGAUAGCCCAACAACCAAACUCCGGGUCGUCUUUGACGCUAGUUGUAAGUCUGCAAGUGGAAUUUCUCUCAACGACUCCCUGUUGGUUGGCCCUAAAUUGCAAAGCGAUCUCUUCCAAAUUCUCGUCCGGUUUCGUUUUCACUCACAUGUACUCAUUGCUGACAUUCGCCAAAUGUUUCGCCAGAUUCUGAUUCUUCCAGAACACCGCCAUUUUCAAAAGAUUCUUUGGCGUUUCGCGCCUACUGACCCUAUUCAAGAGUUCCAGUUAAAUACAGUAACAUAUGGAAUAGCUUGUUCGCCAUAUUCAGCCAUUCGCGUUAUUAAGAGACUGGCUGAGUCAGAUACAGAAUCUGCCUUUCCGCAAGCUUCUCGUAUAUUGUCUGAAGACAUUUAUGUUGAUGACAUCAUUACUGGCUGUCCUUCAAUUGAAGAAGGUCUUCAGAUUCGCAACGAACUUAUAACUUUAUUAGAUCGUGGUGGCUUUCAAUUGCGCAAGUGGGCCAGUAAUGCUCCGGAAUUGUUGGACGGAAUUCCUCCUGAAUUUUGUAAUACUCACCCUCUCAAUUUUGAUCAGGAAUCAAAUUCAUUUAUUAAGAUUUUAGGCCUCAAAUGGGACCCACUAAGUGACUGUUUUGCUUAUCAAAUUACCCCUUCUAAGCACUCGUGCACCAAACGUUCAUUACUCUCUGAAUUAGCUCGAAUUUUCGAUCCGGUGGGUUUCCUGGCACCUCUCACAUUUUUCGCCAAGCGUAUGAUCCAAUAUUUAUGGACUCUCGGACUCAGUUGGGAUGAUGCUCCUCCUGCUGACGUGGUAGCUCGAUGGUCCGAAUUUACCUCACAAAUGUCAUGCCUAACUGAAUUGCAUAUUCCUCGCAAGGUAACCCCGAAUGAGACUGUUUCUUGUUGGCUUCAUGGAUUUUCUGACGCGAGUGAAGCUGGUUAUGCAGCCGUUGUUUACUUAAGAACCAUGUCUUUUACUCAACAAGUCAAUGUCAAACUGUUAUGUGCUAAAUCCAAAGUUGCUCCUUUUAAGAGGAUUUCUAUUCCCAGACUUGAAUUGUGCAAAGCUAAUGGAGAGUGCAAUCGCUACACUGAAUGGUACGAUUAAAAUCAAUGGAAUUUUUGCAUGGACAGAUUCCACUGUGGUUUUGAAUUGGGUUCGUUCUUCUCCACACACAUGGAAAACCUUUGUCAGCAACAGAGUAGCUCAAAUUCAAAACGUGAUUCCUGGUUCAUCUUGGUAUCAUGUGUCAUCUUCAGAAAAUCCCGCAGAUUGUGCAAGUCGUGGAUUAGCUCCUAGGUACCCAGCUAGUCUCACAUCCUUUAUGGUGGGCGGGACCUCCAUGGCUUCUUGAUCCUAAGAACGAAUUUGACUCGUCUUCUCCAUUAUUAGACCUUCCCUCAGAGGCACAACAAGAAAUGCGAAAAUUUGUAUUGGUCUCAGAAAUCAAUUUUGACAUUAUUGACACGCUCUUAAAUAAAUUCUCAUCUUUACACAAAAUCAAGGCUAUCAUUGCAUGGUGUCUUCGUGUUGCUGAUUACGCUCGCCAUAGAACCCGUCGCCCUCUGUCAUUAACAGAAAUUGAAUUGCAAAAUGCUCUACACAUUCUCAUAAAACAUGUUCAAGCUUAUCAUUUUGCAGACGCAAUCGAAACUUUGCCUGACAAGGUGCGUUCUAAGCAUUUUCGUAAAUUGUCGCCUUUCAUAGAUUCUCAGGGACUUCUUCGUGUUGAAGGACGUCUUAUGCACGCAGAUUUAGGCUACGACGCAAAACAUCCCAUUUUAUUACCCUCUAAUCAUCGCUUAACUGACCUUAUAAUUGAAGACAUGCAUCGUCGUCAUCUUCACCCUGGUACUCAAACUCUACAGUAUCUCUUGCAACAACAAUUCUGGAUUUUAGGCGCUAAAAGACGUAUAUCACGCGUAAUUUCCCAUUGCUAUCGUUGUUGGCGUCUUAACCCAAAACCUAUUCAACCUCCAAUGAGUGACUUACCUAAACUUAGAGUUUCUCAAAUAAAGGCCUUUGCGUGUGUUGGUGUUGAUUUUGGGGGGCCAUUUCACAUUACUAUGGGAAAAUAUCGUGGUUGCAAGUCUCAAAAAUGCUACAUUUGCCUUUUUGUAUGUUUCACUACAAAGGCGCUACAUCUCGAAUUGGCAACGGACUUGUCAACCGAAGCGUUUUUACGCGCAUYGAA